AUGGAAGAAGACCGCAAGAGAGAUGAUCCCAUGGAUCUCGACAAGCCUGAGGACGCACCACCCGCUUACACUGCUCUCGGCAGCCCUUCAGGGCUUACGGAUUGGACGGAGAAAGAGGACAAAGUGAAGACUGACCAUGACGAGGCCGAAGAAGAAGAAGAAGAAGAAAAAACCAAAGAAGAGAAAGGAGCCCGCCGCAAAACCAAAGGGAAAGCCAAAGCCUCCCCACCACCACCAGACGACAACGAUGACAACAACAACAACAAAGACCAACCCCCCCGCGUCGCCAGACCCACCCCCAACCCAUCUCCCCCAAGAACAGCAUUGAACUCCGACACCCACACGGACAUGGACACCUACCGGGCCCUCGAAGCCCACAAAGCCCUCGAACCCGCCCACGUCCGCGGGACGCACUUCGCCGACGCCGACGCCACCAUGAACGACACCCUCUCCUCAGCCCCCCCCUCCCCCAACACCGAAAACACCGCCCCAGGACCCCGCAACGGUCCGACCGGGUCGUUCGACUCGGCGGAGUUGAGGGGCAAGUUGGAAACCCUGCGGCAGCGGCAGCAGCAGCGAGGGGAUGGCGGUCGGGGGCAGGGAGAGGGGUGGGGGUUUGCGUGGCAGGAGACGAUGACGCGGGAGAAGGUGGAGAAGGAGGGGUGGGGGGGUGAUGACGACGAUGAUGCGUUCCCGUCACCGUCGGCGCAGGCGGUGCGGGAGGAGGCCGGGUGGGAGGUUUACGACGAAGCUGCGUGGGAGACGGCCGCUGGGCGGGCGGCGAAGCAGGAGAGGCGGGUGGUGGCGUUGAAGGUGCCGCGGGCGUCGUUUUCGGUCCGGGGAGAGUCGGGGACGGCGGGGCGGCGUGGGGAGUUGGUCAGGGCGGUGAGGGGGUACGAGGCGAUUCUUUCCGGGACGUUUUUGACUUAUCAGAGGGAUGAUGUGAUGAGGGUGGUGCAUCGGGAUGGUGACGGCAAAGUGUUCACACUUCUCCCUCUCAAAGCCGGCGCAGUAGCCGCCCGGGCGCAUACUCAGGACUUUGUGCCUGCGAGUUCGGCGGCCGGGAGUGAGGCUAGCGAUGAAGGUAGCUGGGAGCGACUUGAGAGGAAGGGCGGAUAG